UCUUUUGGUUCUUCUAACUUCUCUUCAAAAGUUCAAAGUUCAAAACCCACCCACCAAAGCUCAGACUUGAGUGUGUGUGAGAGAGAGAGAGAGCUCAAAAAGCUUGACUUUGAGUGCUCCUUCUUUUCUUAAAACUUCAGAUUCGCUUUCGUUUUGUCCCUUUCCCCCUCAGACAUGGUUGUGUGUUUCUGUUAGUAUAUAGAUAUAGUAUAGAUAGAAGUUUUGAAGAUCUAGCUAGUGGAAGUGAAAUGGAGCAAAAGGGGCAAGAGAACUGGAGAGAAAUGGUGAAAAAUAUGCUCCCACCUGGAGCUUCUCUCCCUGAAGAUGCCACUAAUCUUGAUUACUCUAUUGCUAUGGAGUACGAGGGCCCGCCUGUUUCUUAUGAAGUCCCCAGGGUGGAACCCCUUGAUGUAAAUUCGCGUGCAAUCCCAACUGCAGAACCUUUAUCUUCUGAAUCACAAACCCAUAUCAAUAUGGGUCCUCCAGUAUCAAUCCCUCUGCCGGUGUCUUGUUUUGCUGGUGUCACCACGAGUUCACCAACUCAAAGUGCGAGGGUGUCAGGUAGUUCUGAGUCUGUAGUGUCUGUCUUGCAAAACCCUGAUUUUUCUUCAGCCUCUCCUUCAGCUUCUCCCGGUUCGGUUAAUAACCCUCCUAGAAAGGUGGUUGUUAAUGAAGUAAGGAGAGCACCUGUAGUCACUUUUAAUACUGUUGAUAGAUCUGAGAGGAAAGAGGCUGACGUGGAGAAGCCAGAUUUCAUGGAAUAUGUUGGGGUUUCAAAGGAAAAGAAGAAAAACAGAAGCAGAGUUUGUUAUAGAUGCAGAAAAGGAAAGUGGGAAACGAAGGAGUCCUGCCUAGUAUGUGAUGCUAAGUAUUGCAGCAAUUGUGUGCUUAGGGCAAUGGGUUCAAUGCCUGAAGGGCGCAAGUGUGUAACUUGCAUUCAUCAGCCUAUUGAUGAAUCCAAGCGUUUGAAACUGGGUAAACAUUCAAGGGUAUUAUCUCGAUUACUCAGUCCUUUGGAAGUCAAGCAGAUUAUGAAGGCAGAGAAAGAAUGUUCUGCUAAUCAGCUUCGACCAGAACAGCUAAUUGUCAAUGGAUUCCCUCUAAAGCCAGAAGAGAUGGCAGAAUUACUUGGAUGUCCUUUGCCUCCUCGAAAGUUGAAGCCUGGUAGAUAUUGGUAUGACAAGGAAUCUGGUCUAUGGGGAAAGGAGGGAGAAAAACCAGAUAGAAUCAUAAGUUCAAACUUAAAUUUCACUGGAAAACUAACCCCUGAUGCAAGCAAUGGGAAUACUGAAGUUUACAUCAAUGGCCGAGAAAUUACAAAGCUUGAAUUGAGGGUACUACGGGUGGCAAAUGUGCAGUGUCCACGCGAUACUCAUUUUUGGGUCUAUGAUGAUGGUCGUUAUGAAGAGGAAGGUCAGAACAAUAUCAGGGGAAACAUUUGGGAGAAGGCAUCAACGCGGUUUGUAUGUAGCCUUUUCUCUUUACCCGUGCCCCAUGGUCAACCCCAUGGAACAAGAGAUGAGCCUAGCAAUUAUACAACGGUUCCAAAUUAUCUGGAGCAGAAAAAUGUUCAGAAGCUUCUCCUUCUUGGACUUCAAGGCUCUGGAACCAGUACUAUCUUUAAGCAGGCCAAAUUUUUGUACGGGAACAAAUUUACCACAGAAGAAAUGCAGGAUAUAAAGCUGAUGAUCCAGAGUAACAUGUACAGAUAUCUCAGCAUUUUGCUUGAUGGGCGGGAGCGCUUUGAGGAGGAGGCCAUGUCCAGAAUAAGAGCACUAGGUUCUGAUUAUCAAACCACUGAAGCAGAUGGAGAGGUUGACCCUAACGAAACUAGUCAAUGUGUCUAUUCCAUCAACCCAAGGUUGAAGCAUUUCUCUGACUGGCUCCUGGAUAUUAUAGCCACGGGAGAUUUGGAUGCAUUCUUCCCUGCAGCAACUCGGGAAUAUGCUCCAUUAGUUGAAGAGGUAUGGAAGGAUCCUGCUAUACAGGAAACGUAUAAAAGAAAAGAUGAGCUUCACUUCCUUCCAGACGUUGCAGAGUACUUCUUGAGCAGGGCUGUUGAGGUAUCUAGCAAUGAAUAUGAACCUUCAGAGAGAGACAUACUAUAUGCAGAAGGAGUUACUCAAGGAAAUGGUUUGGCUUUCAUAGAAUUCUCGCUUGAUGAUCGUAGUCCAAUGUCUGAAACCUAUACAGACAAUCUAGAGGCUCCACCCCCUCCUUUGACCAAAUACCAACUUAUUAGGGUAAAUGCCAAGGGGAUGAACGAGGGAUGUAAAUGGGUGGAAAUGUUCGAAGAUGUUCGUGUGGUAGUCUUCUGUGUUGCCCUUAGUGAUUUUGAUCAGAUUGGACUUGUCUCAGAAUGUAGUGGCAGUGGAGCCUUAAUUCAGAACAAAAUGAUGCAAAGCAAGGAGCUGUUUGAGUGUAUGGUCAGGCACCCCUGCUUUAAGGAUACCCCAUUUGUAUUAGUAUUAAACAAGUAUGAUCUCUUUGAGGACAAGGUCAAUCGGUUGUCUUUAAGUGCUUGUGAGUGGUUCAAUGAUUUUAGUCCGGUGCGCACCCACCACAACAACCAGUCAUUGGCCCAUCAGGCAUAUUUCUAUGUUGCAAUGAAGUAUAAAGACCUUUAUGCUUCCAUGACCGGUCGAAAGCUUUUUGUGUGGCAAGCCAGGGCAAGGGACCGAGUGACCAUUGAUGAGGCAUUCAAGUAUAUAAGAGAGGUUCUCAAGUGGGAGGAAGAGAAGGAUGAGAACUACUAUGGUGGAGCAGAGGAUUCAUUUUAUAGUACAGAUGUGAGCUCCUCGCCUUUUGUCAGGCAAGAGUGAUUUGCUUGAGAUAUCUUAGUAUUUGCUUUAUAGAUAACUUGGAGAAGGGAAAAAUGUAAUAUGUUCACUGUUAUCUGCUCAUCCAAGUAAAGGUUAUCUGUGUUUUUCUUUUUUUUAAUCAUCAAUUUUAAUGAUAUUGGUGGGGGGCUGCUCCAAGUUGAAAUUGCGGUAGUUGGGUUUUCUCAUUGUCUGUGGUAGGUGUUGAUUGAUGUUAUUUGUAUGUUGGUGAUUUUUGAUAGUUAGGAGUGGGGGAAUUUGAACCUUGAUAUAUUAGUUGGAAAUACGAAAGAAGUGUUCAUUGAGCUACAA